CAUGAUCUGAAUUUUUUAAUCAUCGAGAACUGUUGUUCAGGCUAUUUCUACAAUUGCUUUUGGUGAUAGAUUGACGGUGUUGUUGAACUCCACUGUGAUCCAUAUAAGACAGGACAUCCCACUUUGAGCUACGAGUAACGAACCUACUUCAUCAUCCCACGACACGCGACUCAAUUAACCUCCUCUUCAUCUCAUCUCUCGUCUUUCACCUUAUCACAAUUACUCACAGCUAAAUAAUAGCAACAAUGGCCAGCAACCUCUCCUUCGUCCUCAACAAGCCCGGCGACGUCUCCUUCGAGGAGCGCCCCAAGCCCACCCUCUCGAGCCCCCACGAUGUCCUCGUCGCCGUCAACUACACCGGCAUCUGCGGUUCCGACGUGCACUACUGGGUCCACGGCUCCAUCGGCAAGUUCGUCGUCGAAGACCCCAUGGUUCUAGGCCACGAGUCCGCCGGCACAAUCGUCGAAGUCGGCUCCAAAGUCAAGACCCUCAAGGUCGGUGACCGCGUCGCUCUCGAGCCCGGCUAUCCCUGCCGACGAUGCCAGAACUGUCUCGCUGGAAAGUAUAACCUCUGCCCGGAUAUGGUGUUUGCUGCUACACCACCUUACCACGGAACUUUGACCGGUUACUGGACUGCGCCUGCGGAUUUCUGCUUCAAGCUUCCUGAUAAUGUUUCGCAGCAGGAGGGUGCUCUGAUUGAGCCUCUCGCUGUCGCUGUUCACAUCGUCAAGCAGGCCCGCGUCAAGCCCGGUGACUCCGUCGUUGUCAUGGGCGCUGGACCCGUUGGUCUUCUCUGCGCCGCUGUCGCAAAGGCCUACGGAGCCUCCAAGAUCGUUAGUGUCGAUAUUGUCCAGAGCAAGCUCGACUUCGCCAAGGACUUCGCCUCCACCCACGUCUACGCUUCUCAACGCAUUGCACCCGAGGAGAACGCCAAGAACAUCUGCGAGCUCGCUGGUCUCCCCGAAGGCGCUGACGUUGUCAUUGACGCCAGCGGUGCCGAGCCCUCAAUCCAAGCAUCUAUCCACGUCCUCAAGAACGGCGGUAGCUACGUGCAGGGUGGUAUGGGCAAGGCCGACAUUACCUUCCCCAUCAUGGCAUUCUGCAUCAAGGAGGCUACAGCCAGUGGUUCAUUCCGCUACGGCGCUGGUGAUUACCCUCUCGCUGUUGAGCUUGUCGCUACCGGCAAGGUCGAUGUUAAGAAGCUCAUCACUGGGGUUGUCGACUUCAAGCAGGCCGAGGAGGCUUUCAAGAAGGUCAAGGAGGGAGAGGCGAUCAAGGUUUUGAUCAAAGGACCCAACGAGCAGUAAAUUAAGGGUGAUGAUGAUAUGAAUGACUAUGAAUGAGAACUAAAAGCGAAAAAGAUAUCCGGGCAUGGGAUGGCUUGGAUCAUAUGAAGCGGGGCGGCGGGUGAAGGCGUUUUGUCAUGAGUGGACUCGGUAUGAGUCCUUUACACUAUAGCAUCAUUCUAAGGCACUUAAUAG